CUUUAAUUUUCUCUAUAACUACCCUUUUCAGUUUCCUCUAUCCGGGGACUCUCUCGCUGCCAUUUUUUUCGAGAGAAUCAACACAAUAACCAAAAACAAAUUCUCUGCUGUCAUUAUUUAAAUGCAUUUUUGAGUGAAGAACCGUAAAGAAAGCGAGAGAGAUAAAAAUCAAGAAUUGGAUCAAUAAAUCAUGGAGAACAGAGUUUGUUCAACAGAAUCAGUAAAUGGAAGCUGUGAUGUCUGGAGUUGUAAAAAAUCCGCUGCUGCUUCUGCUGAUCAUCUUGUCAUUAUGGUCCACGGUAUCCUUGGAAGUAACGCAGAUUGGAAGUUUGGAGCAGAGCAGUUUGCUAGAACUUUACCUGAUAAAGUAUUUGUUCAUUGUAGUGAAAAAAAUAUGUUUAGGCUGACACUUGAUGGUGUUGAUGUGAUGGGUGAGCGGUUGGCUGAGGAGGUACUUGAGGUGAUUCAAAGAAAGCAGAAUUUGCGGAAGAUUUCAUUUGUUGCACAUUCUGUGGGAGGAUUAGUGGCCAGAUAUGCAAUUGGAAGAUUAUAUAGACCACCCAAGAAAGAAAAUGUAGCAGAUUCAACUGAUGGUACAAAUGAAGACGACAUAAAGGCUACAAUAGGUGGCUUGGCGCCUAUGAACUUUAUCACGGUUGCUACACCUCACCUUGGUUCAAGAGGAAAUAAGCAGGUUCCAUUUCUUUUUGGUGUAACCGCCUUUGAGAAAGCAGCUCGCCUCUUGAUUCAUUGGAUAUUUAAGAGAACAGGUCGACACCUUUUUCUUACCGAUGAUGAUGAGGGCAAUGCUCCAUUGCUUAAACGCAUGAUAGAAGAUUAUGGUGAUUGUUUUUUCAUGUCGGCAUUGUGUAUAUUCAAACGCCGGGUGGCAUAUUCAAAUGUGGGCUAUGACCAUAUUGUGGGCUGGAGAACAUCGUCCAUCAGGCGUAAUUCUGAAUUGCCAAAGUGGGAAGAUAAUAUGAACAUGGAAUAUCCGCAUAUUGUAUACGAAGAACGCUGCAAGGCCCGUGAUGCCGAGCAGUCUGAACUUAUUUCGACAGAAGAUGAUGGUUUGGACAAGCUAGAAGAGGAACUAGUGGCUGGUUUAUCCCGUGUGUCAUGGGAUAAAGUGGACGUUAGCUUCCAUGCCAGCCGACAGAGGUUUGCUGCUCAUAGUGUAAUUCAGGUUAAAGAUGAAAUGAUGCAUAUGGAAGGUGCAGAUGUGAUACGACAUAUGAUUGAUCAUUUUCUUCUGUAAAAGCCAAUGACUCCUAGACAUAACAACAUUACAGCUGUCCUACAUGGUUGAAGGUUGUCAACUAUCGUGGUGAUGGUGAAUUCAGCUAAAACUACGAAGACUAAACGACCAAUUUAAUAGAAAUUUUGGUUUAUUCAUUUAUGUAUUGUGCAAACAUUUCUAUGAUCAUCAAUAAAUGAAAAACAAAAUGCUACAUAUUUAGCCCUUA